GCUGUGGGCAGUAAAAUGUGCUGUGAGCGGCCUCAGUUCAGUUUCACCUUAACUUCCCCCUCAGCUGAAUCGGAAGCUAAGCCCAGCGUCGUGUCCCUGCAGGCUGGGUUUAGUGGAGCCUCAGUGCGAUAACAGAAAGUGAAUGAAGAAAACCCUGCCAGAACCAGGAUGUCCUCUGUGCUCAUGUUAUGCCGAACAGGAGCCCGACAACUUGUGACUCGAGGGAAAUUUAUGAAAGAUGGCAUGUGCCAGUUCACCUGUUUGGCAGAAUGUCAAUUUGACCCCCGGACCAGAAACAUGGGCCAGGCCAUUUCCCCCUCCUCCUCCUUCAACCAAUGCAGAUACUUCAGUGCCACAGCAGCUAAUUUGAACCCUGCAGCCAGUCAGAACAAACCCUCCUACAGCUAUGUCAUUGUUGGAGCGGGAUCAGCCGGCUGUGUUCUCGCCAACCGCCUCAGUGAGGACGCCCAUGAGUCUGUGCUGCUGCUGGAGGCUGGGCCGAAAGACAUGCUGCUGGGCAGCUUACGACUGUCAUGGAAAAUCCACAUGCCAGCUGCGCUGACCUACAACCUCUGUGAUGACAAGUAUAACUGGUACUACCACACUUUACCUCAGGCCCACAUGGACAACCGGGUGUUGUACUGGCCAAGAGGCCGUGUGUGGGGCGGGUCCUCUUCACUCAACGCCAUGGUGUACAUCCGUGGACACGCUGAAGACUACAACCGCUGGCAGAGAGAGGGGGCGGAGGGCUGGGAAUACGAGCGCUGUCUGCCUUACUUCAGGAAGGCCCAGUGUCAUGAGCUGGGAGAAAACAGGUACCGGGGAGGCAGCGGACCUCUUCAUGUGUCCAGGGGGAAGACCAACCAUCCCCUUCACAAGGCUUUCAUUGAGGCCGGGCAGCAGGCAGGAUACCCUUUCACUGAUGACAUGAAUGGGUACCAACAGGAGGGUCUCGGCUGGAUGGAUAUGACAGUUCAUAAAGGGAAGAGGUGGAGCUCAGCCAGCGCCUACCUGAGACCUGCUCUAGGUCGACCCAACCUGAAGACGGAGGUGCGCUGCCUGACAACGAAGAUCCUGUUUGAUGGCAACCGCGCUGUGGGUGUGGAGUACAUGCAAGGUGGACAAAAGAAAAGGGUGUUUGCAGAUAGGGAGGUGAUAUUGAGCGGAGGGGCAAUCAACUCCCCUCAGCUUCUCAUGCUGUCUGGUGUGGGAAACGCCGAUGACCUGAAACAACUGGAUAUCCCUGUGGUCCAGCACUUACCGGGAGUUGGCAGUAACCUGCAGGAUCAUCUGGAGCUGUACGUACAGCAGCAGUGCACUCAGCCCAUCACCCUGUACAAGGCCCAGAAACCUUUUGACAUGAUCAAGAUAGGCCUGGAGUGGCUCACAAUGUUCACUGGUUACGGAGCAACAGCCCACUUGGAGAGCGGAGGGUUCAUCCGCAGUCGGCCACACGUCACACACCCCGACAUCCAGUUUCACUUCCUGCCCUCACAAGUCAUCGACCACGGACGAGUCGCCUCAAAGAUAGAGGCGUAUCAGGUUCAUGUCGGACCAAUGAGAAGCACAAGCAUUGGCUGGCUGAGGCUAAAGAGCGCCAACCCUCUGGAUCACCCAAUCCUGCAGCCAAACUAUCUCUCCAACGAUUUGGACGUAUGGGAGUUCAGAGAGAGCGUCAAACUCUCUAGAGAGAUUUUCGCCCAGAAGGCCUUCGAUGCGUUCCGUGGCCCCGAAGUGCAGCCCGGGCCUCAGGUCCAAUCAGACGCCGACAUUGACGCCUUCGUCCGCCGGAAAGCUGACAGCGCCUACCACCCAUCCUGCACCUGCAAGAUGGGCUCGCCGUCCGACCCGAUGGCAGUCGUUGACUCGAACACGCGGGUCCUUGGCCUCGAGCGGCUGCGCGUGGUCGACGCCUCCAUCAUGCCCAGCAUCGUCAGUGGCAACCUGAACGCUCCGACCAUCAUGAUGGCAGAGAAGGCCGCUGACAUCAUCAGAGGUCGCCCUCCUCUCUCUGACCCAGGUGUUCCUGUGUACCGACCCGCGACGCUCGACACGCAGAGAUGAGAUGGAUCACACAAGUAGAUGGGUCGGACACAGAUCAGAACACAAUCAGGUAUUAAGCAAGCAAGAGCAUUGAACAGUUUAUUAUGUGUGUGACUGAGAUAUUAUUGUUUUGUCCUUCAUCUGAUUACAACAUGAUGAAGAACAUCUAUGAUGGGCUGACCUACACGAUUCAAGUCAAAGGCAAAAAUGUUGUAGGAGUUUACAUCUGGAAUCAUUUUAUUUUACAUUCUAAGUCACGAACAGAUGUGCGACAAAUUAAACAUCAAGUGUCUUAGUAAGGUGGCUGAAUAUUUAACUGAUCUUGACCUUCUGGAUGAGACUAGAUGAGGAAACAACCAUACAAAAAUACCAGAAUUCCCCUUUAACAGACACAUGGUAUGAUUGAACCAUUACUACCUUAGUUUGAUGUACAACCAUACCAGAAGUUUUUUUCUCCUGCCUCAUUGUUCUACUUAUUAUACAUUGUUAAAGUCAGAGAGUGCUGCUGACACUCCCUGAUGACACAACACGGGUGCUCAGUAAUCGCAAAGCCACUGUGAGUGUGACGGCCCUAAUUUGUCUGGUAUGAACUUGUUGAUGAAUGAUCAAUUCGCCAACUUCAACAUGUCUAAGUGUUCAUGUCUUAUGAACUACACAAGACUCUGACAUAACACUGAUUCUUGAGACUUUGGCAAAAACAUGUCCUUGAAGAAAAGUGACAUGAAUCCCAUUUUCUUGUUUAGAAUAAUCGUGGUUGAUGAUCUGUGGGUCUUUUGCACAAGUGUAACAUUUUUACAUAAGUUUUUUUGUAAUUUUGAUGUCAAAUGGAUGAUACAUAUUUCAGAUGAAAGAGCAGAAUGUAAAACAUCCUUAAAACUAAAAGCAGUGAAUUUUCAACUCCAUUUAUUCUUAUUUUGCGGAAAGUCAAAAUGUGCUUCUAGUCCCUCUAGUUUCAUGUUAUGAUAAAGCAAUAAAAUCAGGCACCCACAUGGUCAACUAUAUUUCCAAAGACCUCCUUUCCACCCUCCAUGUUUGCUAAAUGUAACAAGGUCAAAAAAGCUUUGUAGUACUCGGUACUCAUGGGUCAAAGCACACCUAUGUUCUUCUGCAGGUCUCAUUCAAAAUGUUAUCAAAGUUUUAUAAUAUAAAUGAAAAAUAAUGACUGUCUAGCCUACAAUGGCCCACAUUUUGGUUAACAGUCUGAAAGGAUUCAGAGUCACUCUGAUAAUAAUCAUGAUUUCAUACAGGAUUUUAAUCAUUAAUCAACCAACACAUUUCAAGUCAAAUAGUCCAUAUGAGGGCAUUAAUGCCAGUCAAACAUUAAUAUUUGUCAGUUUAUAUAUAUAUUUAAUAAUGCUUGCAUUAAUAAGUGCAAUUGUCAAUUGACUUGAGUGGUGAAAUUGUUGGAAUUGGGGCUCAGUCACCACCAACAGCUCCAAGUCAACAGUCAGGUCUGACUGUUUAUCUUAAUUAAUUAGUUCACAAUUAAUUCUCACUUUAAAAUGAAAAAAGUUUUUUUCAGUCUCGAAUUCUUAUUUUGUUACCUAAUUAUAAACUUUGCAUGAUGUAAGAGUUUCUAAAAUUGUACAUGAAGUAGUAUAAAAAACUAACAAAAGUGAAUUUGUAACAUUUAAUAGAAUAUAUGUGCACUUAUGGUAUAGACAUAAUAUGUUAUAAGCUCUCAAUCUGUGUAAGCCUAAAUAAAGGGGAAUGAUGAGCUUUUUAUGGCGUCUGCUAGUGGUGUAAUGAAAUGGGGAAAAGUGGAUCUAAUCAAAAAGGUACAAACGCAGGAGGUUGCACCAAAAUAUUGUUGACCCUGCUCUAUCAACAUAUGACGUUAUAUUUCUUAAUACAUAAAUUUGUUGUUGAACUGUUUCAUCCAAUUUCUCAAGAAUCUGUGAUAAACGACAUCUUAUAUAAGACUUUGCAACCACACGUCAUUAUCCUGAGAUGAUAAAGUGUGACGAGCUUUCCAGUUAAAUUUCACUGCACACAGAAUAUCUGGAACGUUUCUCUCGCUUCAGAACGGGAAAGUUAGAUUUCUGUCACAGCACUAAGACAGCUGAACGCUUUGACUCAUCUUCAUUUGCUCCUUCUUUUAUUUGACCUUUUUCUUAGACGCUUCCUUUCCCCCCCAGAUAACCUUUCUACACGGGGUUUACAUCAGCCUGUGUAGAUCGUAUCUCGCCAAAUUUCCUUCUCACCGUCAGUUUUGAGUUAUUGCUGCAGCGCUCGUUGUCUUACUGAUGAUCAGCAAACCUGCAGACAGUUUAUCAAAACAGUCUGAGCAGCAGUUUUUGUUGUGUCUGGUCAGAUCAGCCAUCACCACAUCCUGAAAACAUGCUGUUUCAACAGUUCGGCAGCGAGAAGUGAAAAAAAAAAAAAAAGCUCUGAAGUGGAAACUUAAUCACUGGAAACAUGUAACACUGUGGCUCACUCAUUGCAGAAGCAAUAAUAAGCAAAUGAGCUGAUAACAAAGGUAACAGCUGUGUCAGGUUUAACACAUCUCAUCUGCAGUGUUCUAACAUUUGGUUUUCUGAGAGAGAAGGAAGACUGCAUCUUUUCAUGGAUAUGUGGUGUGCAAACUAAGCUGACUAUGCUAGCUGACGUUACAGCUCAGAUCUGAGGAGGACACCAUUGAUGUUUACAGGUCAGAGUAAUGUAGUUUUGGUACUGGGAUGAGCCUGUUUAAGACCAAAAUAAAUAAAUCAAAAAAUAAAUAAACAUAGCAGAGUCAGUUUAGUUGUGGUUGGAUUCAAGCCGUCAGUCUGCAGCCCCAACUCACCCACAGGAAUGUUGUGAAAUAAUGUCAUUGAAUUGCCUUGAAUUUGUUGGCAAGACACAGUAGAGAUAAAAUGCCUCAUAUAGGAGCAGAGAAACACGUUCGAGCCCAUUCUUCCUGGGAAUGUCUCUUUCACGCUUGCAUGACCUCCACCUUGUUCAUUAUCAGUGCAUCCUAAUGGGCACACAUUUCAUUUAACUGUGGCAAAUGGCCAACCAUUGUUGCUGCAAAGAGUAGCGGAGGAUUAAUGGCGGGCAGCAGAGGACAGUUAAACUGUGUUUUUGCAUUGAGCCCAAAAAACUGAUUUCAUAACACAGUCAUAGUCACAACUUCACCUCUGUUUGAGGUCCAUCGUGAUGUUAUGGCUUUUAUUUGCUAUUCAGCUUUCUCAGCUCUCAGGUUUUAAUCUGCCUUUUUCUUCAGGCCAGUCUUGUAGCUGUUCAGUCUAAGUAGCGUUUAAUCCCACAAUCACAUCGUCAAAUCUCCCCACAUACAACUUUUGUUUAAUACUCUUGAUGUAAAAUAUACACUAAAGCACACUUGUGCAUUCUCUGAUGUCACUGAAUUGAUGCAAAUGCAGUGUGAAGUGAUGAAGUGUCUUCCAACGAUUCACAUUGGCCUUGAGGAGAUUUUAGAUUUUAGCAUCAGAAUAAUUUUUGGUCUGUUGUCCGCUCUAAUGGAAACCACUCAGUGCCAGAAUACAUGGCCAUCAUUAUUAUUAACAGUCUUAAGCUUUGCACUA